AUGGCUAGACAUUUCAAAACAAAACACCGAGUUCUCUACACAAAAAUUCUGCCUUUAAUCAAGAAACCGUAUGUGGAGCCUGUAAAGCUAAGGACGAGUAGUACUUGGGUAAAAAAAUAUAGUACUGAAGUUGGGGAAAACCGACAUAAGUGCGAUUUAUGCGAAAACAUUUUGAAAAUGCCCAAAGCUCACGGUAACUUUAAGCGGCAUAUUCGUUUAAAACAUCCCGAAAUAUACCAAGUAGAAACAGAGUUCGAGGCGAGAGCGGAAAAAGAGGAAGGCGCUCAAAAUAUGGAACCUGAAUAUGACGUAGAGUACAUAGAAGAAGCGCUAGAAUCCGAGGAUGGAGUUGUAGAAGAACAUAUCGAAGAUCUCAAAGAAAAUGCAAAGAACGCCCCUGAUGUCGAAACCAGUGGGAGUCCAGUACCUGAAGCAAUAGAGUAUCAAGACGUGGGAAAUCUGGAUUCGCAACCUGAACUAAAAGAUUAUGGUGACAUCGAACAUAUAUUUGAAAACGAUCCUGAGUUAGAAGACAAAAUAAAAUGGCUGGCACAAAGAGUUGUUCCUGGCAAGAGAGGAAAUGCGUUAACUUGUGUCUGGAACUUCUUCAAAGCGGUGGAAGCGAACCAAGCGUAUACUUGCAUAUUUUGCUACAAGGAAAUUCGUAUAUUUCCGUUCAGCUGCUCGAAUCUCAAACGGCAUUUAGCAACGAAACACAAGAAACAGUUCAAACUACUGGUGAAAUAUGCACCGGAGUUUAAAAAAAAAGGUGUGGCAAGCCUUACCAAGCUACUGGAACAAAGCAAUCGAUCGAAUGACGUUACUAAAUCCUUCGAAGCGUCAUAUUUCGAGGGACAGGGGGAGAGUAGAUUCAAAUGCAGAAGCUGCGAUGAGGUUAUAGAAUGUAAGGACUCUAACAGCUUGGUGCUGUUUAAGCACAUUCACGACAAGCACGGGGAGGAAGUGAUCAGCCAAUUGAAGGACAACGUGGACGAUGACGAGGAGUUCAGCGUUUUGUUUGUGAAGAAGAAGGAUCUGGAACUACUG